AUGUAUAGUCACAAAUAUUUAAACGAUUUUACAAACAUUCCAGAAAUACUCAUCAUUCUGCUCUCAACAGUAGCCUUAAUGUCUUAUGGCUAUAAUACCAAACUGUUCUCCCAUAGUCUUGGCUCCGAACCAUCUCUCUCUAUACUCUAUGCGAGAGAUAAAAAAAGCGAUAAAGUCACCAACGAAUGUCUCAUGGAAAUGUACCCUAAAAACCUUUACAAAUAUCCACUUCGCAUAGAUCGUAACGACAUUCCAUGCAUCAUACAUUGCGUGCUCAAAAAAUUCGGUAUUAUAAGCAAUGACGGCUUCAUAAACAUCAAGAAUUAUUAUCGAAGGGUCCAAGCGAUACACAGAUACGACCCGAGGAUAUUGAUAUCGGAUGUCGGCGAAACAUGCGCACAGAAUAUCAACGGAAUGAAUUUGGACCACGAUGUAUGUAAGAAAGCCAAAGUCUUCAACGAUUGCACGCAGCUUUAUGCGAUAUCUUACAGAGAGCCUGAAGACUGGUAG